AUGAAGUUGAAGCAACUCAAGGUUCGACCGAAAAAGAUCAUGGAAGCUAGCCCCUGCCUUGUGGAAAUGGGGGCUUUGUUCGAAUGUUGGGCAGUUUCCGGUAUCGACGACAAACGAUGCAUGACCACCGCCAAAUCACUGACGGACUGCUUAGCCAAACCAGUCAAGAAAACAAAGAGCCAGAAUACCAUCAAUUACCAUCUGGCACGAUUGAGCAAACACUUGUAA